AUGUCCCCAGCAUCAAACCAUAGUUCCGUUACUGAAUUUAUCCUGCUUGGCUUCACCAGUGACCCCACCUCAAACAGGAUCCUUUUCAUCAUCUUUCUCCUUCUCUACCUCUGCUCAGUCAUGGGCAAUGGACUCAUCAUCAUUCUGAUCUGCCUGGAUUCUCACCUCCACACACCUAUGUACUUUUUCCUCAGCAUCCUCUCCCUACUGGACAUGGGCUACGUCACUACCACAAUACCUCAGAUGUUGGUACACCUGCUUUCCAGUUCUAAGUUCAUCUCCUUUGAAGGUUGCUGGCUGCAGAUGUACGUAUUUGGUGCUCUGGGUCUCACUGAGUGUAUCUUCUUUGUGGUCAUGGCCUAUGACCGUUAUGUAGCCAUCUGCUUCCCACUGCGUUACAUGCUCAUCCUCAACUGGGACCUGUGUGUGAGGUUGGUGGUAGGGACCUGGGCUUGUGGUUUCUUCUUCUCCCUACUCCAUACCUUUUUUACCAUGAGGCUUCCCUUCUGUGGUCCUAAUAUGGUUAACCACUACUUCUGUGAAGGUCCCUCAGUCAGGAGCCUGGCAUGCAUGGACAUACACCUUAUUGAGGUGAUAGACUUAGUCCUGAGCAUCCUCAUGGUGUUAGCCCCUCUGUCACUCAUUCUGGCCUCCUAUGUUCGUAUCACCAUGGCCAUCCUCAAGAUCAAGUCCACCAAAAGUCAGUGUAAGGCUUUCUCCACUUGUGCUUCCCACCUAACUGUGGUCACUCUGUUCUAUGCACCUGCCAUAUACAUCUAUAUGAGGCCCAACUCCAGCUACACUCCAGAGAGAGACAAGCAGAUAUCAGUUUUCUACAAUGUGUUCACUGCUCUGCUCAACCCUGUGGUCUACAGCCUUAGGAAUAAGGACAUCGAGGCAGCAUUCAUCAAGGUAGUAGUGGGGAAUAGAGUGGCCUGGUAA